UCGCGAAAGUUUCGACUUCUGGCCGGUCCUGAAUAGAUCCUCCAGCUCUGGAAAGAUUGGGCGGGGGUCACUAGGAUAAGGAUCCCCAACCCUCUUUCCCAGGAUCGACACCGGUCCGUGGCAUGCCAACAACCGGUCCGCGCAAACAAGCGAAGCCCCAUCCGUGGGGUGCAGGCAGCACGCGAGACCACGUCCCCUCCGGUCCCUGGUGCCCAAGAGGUUGGGGGUCAUUUGCCCGUAGGGUGCCGUUCAGAUGUUGGGGAUGGUGACGCUGAUGUGUCCCGGCCAAACUUACUGUUGUUCAUUCUGUCUAAGAAUCAUGGUAAUUCAUUUCAAUGGCAGGUGGAGGACCCCAGAUUGAAGAACACUUCCAUAGGGUCUGUUAUAACUAGGCAUGAUCUGCUUCCCAUCAUGCCCCCUUCCCUCCUUCCCCCCUUGCAAUAAUUCAUUCUCAGGAUUUUGUAAAUAAUGAAAACACAAUUAUCUUUGUAACACACACACACACCUGUUAGAAGAGGAACUUACUAUACUCAUUUAAGGUGUAUAAUGCCUAUAGUAUUAUAGAGCUCAUUUGAUGUAUUUACCUUUGCUACCCGUGAAACAGUUAUUAAAUGAUCUUUCUUUGUCUCUUCCUUCCAUCUUUCUCAAAAUGUUACUGUUGAGGACCUAUCCCUUUAAAAAUUAACGCUGCUAUUUUUGUGUGCAGAACUAAUAGCACAGUUGCAGUAGCCUUUAAAUGAAUCAAUUAAUUACAUUAUAACAUCAGACAUAUAGUCAAGGCUAUGGUUUUCCCAGUUCCAAUAUAUGGCUAUGAAAGUUGGACCAUAAGAAAGGCUGAGCGCCAAAGAAUUGAGGCCUUUGAACUAUGGUGCUGGAGAAGACUCCUGUGAGUCCCUUGGACUGCAGGGCGAUCAAACCGGUCAGUCCUAGAGGAGAUCAACUCUGACUGCUCUUUAGAAGGCCAGAUCCUGAAGAUGAAACUCAAAUACUUUGGCCACCUAAUGAGAAGGAAGGACUCAUUGGAGAAGAGCCUAAUGCUGGGAAAGAUUGAGGGCAAAAGAAGAAAGGGACGACAGAGAACGAGGUGGCUGGAUUGAGUCACUGAAGCAGUAGGUAUCCUCUGAGACUAACCAACAUCCAUGAAUCCCACUAGACUGCAGGAAACCAGCCAGCUAUCUGCAAAUGUCAGAAUUCACUUCAAAGUCUGCAGGUUCAUCAUGGAAGCAGGUGUGAAGUUAAGCCUGCGCUCUGUCCCUAUUGCUACAGCGUGCACCAUUUAUCACCGAUUUUUUAUGGAGGUGCCUCUGGAACCAUAUGAUCCUUACUUGGUAGCUAUGGCUGCACUGUAUCUGGCUGGGAAGGUAGAAGAACAGCAUUUGCGGAUAAGAGACAUCAUCAAUGUGAGCCACAGGUACUUGCAUCCUCGGAGUGACCCCCUGGAGCUGGACACACAUUUCUGGGAGCUGAGAGACAGCGUUGUCCAGUGUGAGCUGCUCAUGCUACGUGUGCUCUGCUUCCGUGUCUCCUUCCAGCAGCCCCAUAAGUACCUUCUCCAUUAUUUACUGUCCCUGAAGCACUGGAUGAACCGGCAUAGUUGGGAGCGGACCCCGGUGGCGGCAGCAGCUUGGGCUCUGUUGCGGGACAGUUACCAUGGACCCCUGUGCCUCCAGCACCCUCCACAGCAUAUUGCUGUGACAGUCCUUUACCUUGCUCUGCAGUGUUAUGGAGUGGAAGUACCUGCUGAUGCUGAAGCAGAGCGACCGUGGUGGCAGGUGUUCAGUGAAGAUCUUUCCAAACCUGUUAUGGACCAGAUAGUCUUGGAACUGAUACGGGUCUACACUUUGGAUGCAGAGAUCUAAGUAUACUUCCAGCCGAGGGUCUGUACUGAAUUGUCAUGUUUCAAGCUGGGAUAAUGGCGGAAGUGUUACUGAUACUUGAAGGGAUUGACACCAGAAGCGCAUCCUGUUCUUUUGAGGCAUCCCACUGAACAGCACUAGAGUUGAACAAGCAAAGCACCUUGAUAGCGCUGAGGAUCUUCUAAUGGAAUCACUUUCCAGUGGAGAGUUCGUCUGGAACUAAUUUUCCAUCGCCCACAAAAGGAACAAUGUUCUGAAUUGAAGUUUGUGGAAUGAGGAAAUGAGUAAAAAAGAUUCUUCACCUAUUUCAAGUAAAAUGUACUGGCGAGAUAUUUA